GGGCGCUCACGCAGGGCGGGUCGGGCGGCGCAGGGCGAGAGGGAAGUCGUGGCGGCGGCGUCGGGAACAGCAGCAGCAGCGACUGGAGCGUGGUGCUGACGGGCCGUGGGAGAAAUGGGAGACCCAGGGCCGGAGAUAAUAGAAUCUGCCCCACCAGCUGGGCCUGAGGCAUCUGAGUCAACAACGGAUGAAAAUGAAGAUGACAUUCAGUUUGUUAGUGAAGGACCGUUAAGACCUGUUCUUGAGUAUAUUGAUCUGGUCAGCAGUGAUGAUGAAGAGCCUAGUACCUCUCAUAGUGAUAGAAUGCCUGAAUCUAAGGUGCCACCCUCUGAGAAUCAUCGCCCAGAAAUGUGCUCUAGCUGCAGUGUUCCUCUUCCCAUUGGAGACAGCAGCUCCUCCUCUGGGAGUUGUGCCAACAGUCCACAAAGAAUAGUUUCUCAACCUUCUUCUGUUGAGAACCAAUUGGAGAACCAGAAAAAUGAUCAAAAUAAUUCAGAUAUUAAUAUCUCUGAAACAGAGACACCUAAAUCACAAAAUUACCAGACAAUGCCUUCAUCAUCACUUCUGGUCCCCCAAGAGUCUUUGGCUUUUUCUGAGGUCAAACAAGAUUUACCUAUCACGAUGUCUUCAACUUCACAGAAUGGACAGGAUGCCAUCCUAUAUCUCCAGACGCAAGUGGCUGAGAUGUCCCGAGUCAUACGUGAUCUGCAGUCCAGGAGUUGUUUUAGAUUUCAUCAUUCUAGGCCAAGUGAGAACUCAUCAGUUCCUUGGGAUAUCUCCACCUCUAAGGAGGACAGUUUAUCCACAGUUGAAGAAGAGGGUGAUUGCAAAUCUCCAUCAGCUGAUGACAAAGGGCAGCCAACUGACCCCAUGCAAUCUAGUUUCACGGGUCUUUUGAAGAGAAUGGAACAAAGAGGUGUUAUAAAGAGGGUGACUUUACAGUCUGAAGCUGAAACAUGUGAGGGGAAGCCUGAUUGGAUGACCUCUAAAAAGCGUUUGGUUCCUCCAUUGCAUCCACUUUUGAGAAUUGCCACCACUGAAGUUUUUAAAGACCCUGCUGAUUGUCAUCCUUCUUCCUUCAUGGGACACAGGGUAUAUCCUGUGGCCAAGGACACAUCUCCUUUUCAGCCAAAUCCACCAGCUGAGGGACCCAUUAUAGAUGUGUUAGAGCAUAGCAAAAGAGGGAACACGACAUCUCCGUUAGACUCUACCUCAAAAGAAAUGGAGGUCAUGGGUUGUAGGUUCUACCAUGCUGCUUCCAUUGCAGCCCGAGCUGCCAGCUAUAUGGCCUAUAUGACUCAGUAUCAGCGUAAACUUUGGGAAGACAUGGAAGAUCUGGUUCAUGAUCCGGAGUUUGAUCGUGGAAAAGCAAGGUGUAUAAUAUCUGAUGGCAUGGAUGCAGGACUUUGGCAGCUUUGUACCACCAGGGACAUAAUGGACUCUGUGGUCAGAGUUAUGGCCAUGGCAGUAGACUAUAGAAGACAGGCCUGGCUUCGACUCACAUCUCUGACUAAGAAAACCCAGGAGAAGAUCUUACACUUACCCUUUGAUGGUACAUCGCUUUUUGGACAAGAUGUGAAUGCUAUUGUUGCAGAAGACAAUAGUAUUAAAGAAAAUGAAUAUAAAGAUCACAAUAAAUACUAUACUCAGCAUCGAUACUUUUAUAGUCAUGAUCAGAAAGCACAUUAUCACAACAGAGGGUACUCCAAAGGGGAUUGGUACAAACCCCGGAAUCACCCUUAUAGAUACAGAAAAAAGGGAGAGUCUCCAGAGCGACAUGGGUAUAAAAAUUGAUACUGUGGAUGUUUAGCAGAUUAGCCUUCCACAAUCCUGUUAUGCCUGUUCUUCCCCAGGUUGGGGGUCAUCUCAAAAAAAAAUGAGUGCAUGUCUGGAAUAAUCACAGCUGAUGUUUGAGUUCUAGACUUUUGGAAUGAAGUAUAUAAUAAAAAGACUUAAGCUUUAUUGGCCAAAUGGAGACUUUGCUCUAAGGAGUAUUGGACAGAGGUUUACCCAUUAUUUUUGUUCCAAAAUAAGUCCAGAGAAGGGUACUCAGGAAUCUGAAUCUUCUGGAGUUAAAAGAAAAUAUGUAGAUUCUUGCCUCAGGAAAAUCUUGUUGGUAACUGAGGACUAGCUUUGGAUCUGGAAACAAUUUGCUACUAGAUCAGUGUUUACUAAAACUGAAGUAUAAAUCCUUCAUUUUUAGGUCAUCAAUGCUUCUGGAACUUCAGGCUUCAGCUCGAUGGGUCAUCAAAAAGUGGUAGAUCUGUUACAGUUAAGAUGAUCAGCUCAUCCUAGUUCAUACCUUUAUCAAGCUCUGUGAGACUUGAGAAUUAGCCAUGAAGCUGUAUGUCUGCUGGAAUUCAUUAAAAUUGUUGCCAAAUCCAGUUUACUUAUAACUGGGAUGAUUAAAUGUCACAGGUCUACUUUUGGACUCAAAGUGGAAAAACUAUUUUCCUAUCUGUAACAUCACUGUAGAAAAGUUAAACUAUCUUCAUCCUGACUAUGAUGGCUACCACACCAUCACUAAUCAUAACACUGCAUGUGAGAUAGCUUUUGUUGCCAUCAGUCCUAGUAGUCUUUGACUUAACCAAGCUCUCAUGUCAACCACCCAUGAGACUCAGGCAUAAAAGUCUCUCUAAUGUAGGCCUUUCAGUAAGAUGGCCUUCUAAGCACUUGACUCUUUUGAGCUUGAUAGUGCAUUACAUCCUCAGUACAAUAGACAAAGGUAUCAUCAUGGCCCUGGAAAUACAGAAUAUUAUCCUAUCAUCCAGGCAUGCAAAUCUGAACUCUUAAGAGCAAGAAUUCCAAACAUGCCUGACAAUCUGGUCUCUCUUGAAGUAAAGAGGGAUGUAAUUAGUCUAGACUUCGUUGAGAAAUCCUUGAGAUGUAAAGUGUGACUGGGUGUUUUCAAGAUAAACAGCUGUUUUUGGAUAUCUAGAUGAUAAUUUAUUGAAUUCUUGAAAGGCUGGAAUCAAGACUUUGGUGACAUGGUCUUGGUUAACUAGGUUAAUUUGUCGUGUAAUCCAACUGGACUAACUCCUGUGAGAGAUGAUUUACAUUUUGCUCCCAAUACUAACUCUGUACCUUUCUGGAGCUGGCAGCAGAUACCUCAGUUGUGUUCGUGUUCCACAGUGUCAUCUCUUUAAUCUCAAGGCAAUGGCUGUAUAAUAUAUCAGCACCUAUGUCCUUGUCUUUACUGCAUGACUUUUAAAGUAGAAAACGUGUCAAGUUUGAGGAGGUCUGAACACUUCGCCUAAUGUAACUUGGCAGCCAAAAAAUAAUUUUUUCACAAAUGUAAUUACGUAACUUUGGUUGUUCAAACAUCUGCUUUUUCUUCAUUUUUAAUCUGCUUGAUCAAAAUGUUUUAGGUAUACUAUUAGUGGAAUAUAGCACUGUCUUAAGGGUUUAUGUAGCUUCUGCUUCUUACCAUGAUUCUUGCAUCAUAGUGGUUGACAUUUUCUGUGAUGCUUACCUUUUUGUAAUUCAUUAGACAACUCAUUCCUUCUCUCAUACCCAUAGUCAGCAUUCUGCUUAAUCUGCAUUUCUUUCUCUUGUUUUCGAGACAGGGUCUUACUGCAUAGACCUAGCUGACCUGGAACUUUGCUUGCCUCUGCCUCCGGAGUGCUGGAAAUAAAGGCAUGUGCCACCAGGUCUGACUGCUGCUUCUCAUUUGUGCCAUGUAGAUUGAAGGCACAGAUUUCCCAACUUGGAAGAAGUUACUUUGUCAGAUAAUUUUAGGGUACUAUAUUGGUCCUAUUUGUUUUCUUUGUAGACUAAACUUGAAAUAGUUAUCAAGAUCAUUUAGCAUAUUUAACCAAAUUGUAUGUAGGGUUAAUACUUACCUUAUUUUUCUAUUGUUAACAAAAUUUUACUUUGACUUCCUUGGGUUCAUACCAGGGCUCUCUAAAGUAUAACUCAAAUGAACUGCAGAAAAACAGACUUUUGUAGGUUAUAAUGAAUGCUAUAAAGAGGUAGCCCAUACUGGUAGUAGUAUAGUUUCUUCUGAGAAAGCAGUAGCUACCCAGACUUCACAGGGGAAAGGGUGCACGUGGCUUUGUGCAGUGUUUCUGAUUAGUUUCAGGCUACUUCAGAUUGUUCCUUCUUUUCCAUCUUGCCCCGAAUUAGAUGCUACAUAUCACAUACGAUUUAUGAGAUACUCCUGUUCAAAAAUGAAGCAAAAGUGAAUAAUUCUUGGAGAUGUGUUCUUUGAAACUGUUUUGGUACUCCCCCUUAAUUUAUUUGUACACAUCCCUGUUUAAAUUAUAGUAGACAGCAGCAAAAAAGCACAUGAAAUUUAGCACUUUAAUAAUUUUUGCAUUAUUAUAUUCUCUUAAGUAUCUUUAGGAUAGCCCUACUCUCAUCCUAGAUGUUUAUGGUAUUCAUUAAUGAAGUAAAAGUAACAUUGCUUGACCAUUAAUUGAUAUGUCCAAGGAACUCCAAAGAAUUCAAUUUUCCUGAAAGUGAAAAUUACCAGGAAGUCACCAAAUUGGUGACCAAACAGACAACCUAAUAGGAGUGUUUGGCAGUCAAGUUAUUUGUGGACAGAGUAUGGUAAGGUGGGAACACUUAGCUAUAGCUACUUGACUCAGAAAGAACUAUUCCAGUAACCUUCACCUGUUUUAUCUUUUUUUUUUUUUUUUAACUCUGGCAUACUUGAAUGAUGAUGGUGGCGUUUUAAAAGUAAAAGUUGGUACUUGGUCUAGUGAGACAACCCCAGUAGACAGUCCAGUAGAAUAUAGCCUUUAGAUUGUGUCUGCCAUGUGCAGAGCCUGCAACAGAAUUUCCUAUUAGGUUGACUUCUGAGUGAGAGUAUCACUAGCUUUUCUAGACACCUUAGAAUACUUAAAAGUUUAAUGAUUUGGUUUUCUCAAAAGGGAUGUGUUUAGUGACCCUUUCCUUCAAAAUGUCGUUUCUUGACUAGACAUAAGAUGCAUUUAAAGACAAUAUGAUUUUUUUUGUAGUUACUAUGUAUAGAGAAAUACUAUUUCCAUUUAUUGUUAUAUAAAGUGCCUUUUUCAAUUUUACUCUUAUGUUUUAAGAUCUAACCUUUCAUGUGGUAUUUAUGUGAGUUCUGUACAGUGAUUUACUUAAUUAUCUUUAUUAUCUGUACAAUUGCACUAUUUAAAUGUACUUCUGAAUGCUAAUUUGUUUUCUUUAUAAUACUGUUACCAAUUUCAGAAGGGUAUAGAAUAAAUCUCCCUCUUUAUUUAGUUAAUGUCACAGAAGUUCUUUUUUAAGUUUUAGUGAUUGGUUCUGUCUCUAGACAUAAAAGUAGCCCUUUUCUUUGCAUGUUCUAGAAUUUCUGAUUGAGUCUUUUGUCUUACAUCUAACCUUGUUCAUAGCCAUAGUAAAACAACUUAUAUUUGCUUAAUGGAUGUGUUUACCGGAAUAGAAGAAGCAAGGACAUUUUAAACAGUAAAGUUGAUGGCACUACAUAUUUAUAUAUAUAUAGUAGUCUGCGGCAGCUUUCUUGUCAGUACAACUAUUUUUGUUGUUUUCCUUUUUAAUCUGGCAGCUUCUUUAUCAGUAUAAUUGCAUUUAUUUACUUAGCCUUCAAAAUGCCACUUUGAGGGCAGCAUAUAUUCUUUCAGGCUACUUUACUACAUUAUACCUAAGUGACCUGAUUGAUAAUAUCCUUAAGGGCCUGAUACAUCCAGGAUCUAUACCUCUCAGGUAUUGUAAGAAGGAGGUUGAAAAGAUGAAGUCCAGAAUUCCCUAUCACUGAAGAAUUGGAUACUGAUAAAGAUGAACAGAAAGGUUAGCAACACAGUCAUCAUUCUUGAAGGUAGUUAAUUGGGAUUCUGCUGAAGGCUUGAAAUUAUGGGUUAGAUCUUUUUAGAAGUAGAAGAUUGCAAUAACAAAAUAACUUGUUUUCUUCAGUGUGAGGCAUACUUUGCCCCAGUUUUGCACUGUCUAGUUACCCUGUUUUUGAAACUUAUCCUUAUGUACUUAUUGUUGGUGGUUAGACCAAUGACUGAUUGUCACUGUGGAUACAUCUUAUGUAUGCAUGUCAUUCGGUUGGUCAGAUUGAUUCUGUAUGGUUUUUAGUGGACAUACAAACUAGUCAGUUCUUUUCACUUAAAUUUAAAGAAGGAACUUAUCAGUAAGUGAAUGUUGAUUAUUGCUGUAUUGAAUGCAAAUCUUUUUUUCAUAUUUAACAAGUUUUAUAUACCAUUAAAAUCUAUGGAGUUUCUCCUCUUGGAUGAUUGAUGAGAAUGGUGUUUUAUUAAAUUCUUUUUCUCUUCUUAGUGGAGUCCCAUUUUUGUACUCCUGUGUCAUUAUUUAUUUGACUUUAUUAUAAUGCACUUUUGUAAUGCUUGAGGUUUUACUACUGGAGUUUGUGUUCACUUUCUGUAGGAUGUGGAGGUGGUCACGGUUCAGUUGUGUCUUGAGAGGGGGCUUUCAGGUAGCUGCUCAAGCUGCCCCAAACAAGAUUCUCCAGCCUUCACCUCCUGAGGGCAUGGACUUCAGGGGUAUGGCACCAUGCUGGGCUUUUAGUCAUGUCAUCUUGGUGAGGAUUUUUGGUACCCUCUCCUUUUCCCAAAAUCUUUUUCCAAAAGGAAAUCUGAUUUUCCCUUAAUCUCUUUGAUGUUGGUAUUUUUAAUUCUACCAUUGUAUACUUGCCAGAAGUGUGUGUGUGUGUGUGUGUGUGUGUGUGUGUGUGUGUGUGUGUGUGUGUGUGGUGAAUAUGUGUGUAUAUAGCACUUGGAGGCCAGAGGUUGAUGGCAGGUGACUUCCUUAUUUAGUUUUUGUGUUUUUCUAUUUUCUUUCUUUGAGACAGGAUCUUUUAUUUAACCAUGAGUUCACAGGGCUGGCUAGAUUGACUAGCCCAUGACAUCCAGGAUUCUCCACCCUACCCCCUUCUCAUACUGGAUUAUAGGUGCAUUGCCACUGUGCUCAGCAUUUCACAUGGGUACUUGUGUCCUCAUUCUUAUGUGGCAAGCACUUUGUCAAGGGAGCCAUUUCCCCACCUCUUCCUUGCUUGCUUGCUCAAGUUCCCCCCCAUAAUUCCCCCAACACUUCCCUUCCCUCUCUCUUUUUCCUCCCCAGCCACCCCCCAAUUCUACUUCAUGUUCUUAAGUGCUGGAAUUACAAAGUGUGAACUCUUCGUCCUACUAGCCAAGAUGUUGAUGUUAAUUUGUAUAUUUAAAUGCCAUUUAAUUUGUAUGCUUAAUAGUUAUAAGCAUUUGUGAUAAGACUGUAUUUAGUUUUUUUUUUCUAAAAUCCUUAAAAAAUACAGGGAUGAGAAUAUAGUUCAGUAGGAACAGUAUUUGUCUAAUGUGCAGGAUGCCCUGGGCUCAAACCCCAGUACUGCAUAAACCAGUAAUGGUAUGUCUUCAAACCCAGCAUUUAGGGUGUAGGGCCAGGAGGAUCAGAAGUUCAAGAUCAUCUUAGCUAUACAUUGAGUUCAUGGCCCUCAUGGACUGCAUGAGACCCUGUCUCAAAAAGAAAAACAUAGUCUGGUAACCCAGUCUUAGAAGUGCUUCUUGACUAUUGAACUUUCAUUUUUUUUAAUGUCUCUUGUUUAAUGGCAUUUUCUUAGUUCAGAUGUAUUUAUAUAUGUGUAUGUGUAUUUUUGUUGCUGCUGUUGGUUUUGUCUUUUGAUACAGUGUCUCUGUAGUUUGGGUUGGCUCUGACUUCAAGAUAAUUUCACCUCACUUUCCCAAGUCCUGGGAGUACAGGAGUGAGCCAUUGUGCAUUCUUCACAGAUGCAUUCUGUAUAUAUUAUUAAUGUUUAUUAUCAUAAAAUUAAUUUAUAGUAUAUUUCUGAUAUGUUUAAAGUUAACCAGCUUUUUUUUUUAAAGGGCUUUACUAGUUUUAUUGAGGGAACUGUUGUGGAUGGUUGGAUUUUUUUGAGGUCAGAGUUCUCAGGUUUCUCAUAGAACUUUGAAGACCUUAGAUUUUGUUUUUGAGUACUAAACUGUGUUUAGUAUUUCUUGACUCUUCUCUUUGGUAUAAGUGAAAAUAAAUCUAUAUUUUGUGAUCAUUUUUAAAAAUUCAACUUUGACAGUAAAUGACUCAAGUAUUAGAGGUUCUGUUAGUUCUGGUACAAGGCUAACUUUUCAUGUGCUUCUUCCCCAUGAACUAUAUGCUAUGCCUUUUGUUUUCUUUCCUUAUCUGUGACAUCACAGCAUUCACUUUGAAGGGACACAGUUAGAACUCCCCCUUGUGUCUGUGAUGGCUGAUUCACUUCUUUGUUUUAUAAUGCAGUGUGUGUGUAACUUACUGUGCUUGUGGAGCCUUUUUAUCUUUCAGUGAGUUAGGCAACACUGACCUGAAUAAUGAUGGAAUGAAAUUACCCCCAGUCUUUAAGACACAGAGUGUGUUGUUAUUUGGUGUGUGUGUGUGUAUGUGUGUGUAUGUGUGUGUGUGUGUGUGGUGGGGGGUGUUUUUAUAUAGGGUUUCAUUGUAUAGCCCAAGGUGACUUAGGACUUGCAGUCCUCCUGCAUCAACUGGAAAGAUCCUAAGCAUUGUUUGGAAAAACAUUUCAUUGUUAGCUAGAUAUGGUGGCCCAUACCUUACCUGUGUUAUGGAGGCAGAGGCAGGCAGAACCCUAUAUCAGUUCUAAGCCAGCCUGGUUUAUAUGGCCAGUCCCAGGCCAACCAAGGCAACAUAGUGAAACCCUAUAUCAAGAAAAAAUAAAUCAACAAUAACAAAACCUUAUUUCUUUGUGGCUGUUUAACUGUUUGGAAUACAGUCCAUUCUGUAUUAAGUAAGGUAUAUUUAAUAUGUAAAUAGCCUCAUUCAGAUUCUUAGCACAGAAUUGUGUGUGUAUUUAUAUUUCUUUAAUGACCUGUAAUUGCUCUGUGUAUUGUGAAUGGUUAGACCACCUUGAUCUUGAUUACAAGAUUUAAUUCUCAGCUUCCUGUUUGGGAAGAAAGGCAAGGACAGAAUGUGUAUCCUGUAUGUACUCCCUUCAUCUCUUUGUGCAGAAGUGUCAUUAAGUAACUUGUUCAAGUGGUGUGGCUUCACUUUGAUGCAGAACUCCCUGAGGUCACCUGCUGCCAUGUCUUUUACAGACAAAUCUGUAUACAUGCACUCUUGUUAGUACUUGGUACUAAUUUCUAGUUAUUUCACUUUUCAGAUGAGCAACAAUCUUCACUUCUCCAUUGAGGUUCUGGUCUAAGGUUAUUCUUACAGUGCUCACAGCCUCUGUUCCCACACUUAACUCAUAAUCCAUUCACUUGCAACACUGAUUGUUUUAGUCAUAAUUCUUAUUGCUUGCUUUUUUGUACCAUUUUUGUUUAAUGAAACAAAGGUGAAAUGGUGCAGAGAAUUUGAUUUUUAAAACACUAAAGGCUUUGACUUCAAUGUUAGCAAGUCACUUAUUAUCUCAGCCUCAGUUUCCCUACUUUAGGUCCUGAGUAUGGUGGCACAUGCCUUUACAUGCCAGCACUGGGAGGGAGAGACAGGGUAGUCUACAUAGUGAGUUCCAGGACAACCAGGGCUCCAUAGACCCUGACUCCAAAUAAUAAAUAACUGGAAAUAUUUUGAAAAACACUAAAGCCUGAUACAGAUUUAAUUUUAUAACUAAUUUUGGUGUUCCGCAUUCUUAGAUUUCCUGUGAAUGGGAUAAUAUUUGGGUAUAAAUGAAUGAAUACUUUUUAAAAUUUCAUAUAUGAAUACCAUCUUGAUCCUAUUCAACCCCCCCCCCCACUCCCUCCUACUUUCCUGGGCCUCCCUAAACAAAUCUCUCUCCCAACUUAAUGACUCUUUUUAAAAAUCCCACUGCCUUCAUUUAGUGCUGCCCAUAUGUGUACAAGAGUAUGGGGUCAUCCACUGGUACAUGGGCAGCCCUUCAGUCACACCUCAGUAUCUAUUGUCUGCAGGCAAGGCUCUAGAAAGGUACGGGUAUACUGAAGGCUGGUAAUGGAGUGCAUUCUCACUCCAUGGGACUGCGCCUCAAAAUCCAAGAGUCAGGUGCUCUUUUGAAUGCCAAUACACUGUAGUAACUACUUUAUUCACAGGAGUGCCUGUGAAACGUUGGAGUGAAACAGGGCCACUAGAGGUCAGAAAAGCCAUUCCACCAACUGGCUUAGCUGAGCUUUGGAGGAUGUUGGUGUAGUUGGUCUGUCGGAGAAGCAACCAUUCAUUUAGGGGGAAGAAGUUGAGAAUGCCAUGAAGUAUGUCUGGCUUCAGAAUUGUAAGAGCAACCUUUAGGGGAACAGAAAUGAAGGAAAUUAAACUGCAGAAAGGGUAAGUUAUGCAUGAAGUUGUGUUAGUUCCUGUGACUCAAAGUGUAUUGCUUGUGUGGCCAUUUCCUGAAGGUUAUGGAAGUAUUCCAGAAACUAUUUUAUACUGUGUCUGCUAUGCACAUCUACAUUUUUUGUUUUUCAAGAGUGUUUCUCUGUGUAGCUUUGGAGCCUAUCCUGGAACUUGUUCUGUAGAUCAGGCUGACCUCGAACUCCUGAGUGCUGAGAUUAAAGGCGUCCACCACCACUGCCUGGCCAUCUAAAAUGAUUUAAGCCCAAGAAAGACCUCAGUAUUGCAUUUCUUUCCUGUGAAGCUUAAACAGUGAGUGGGAACUUAGGCUUGUGGAGAGCACUGAAGACACAGAAUGUGGUAUCCUUCCUGGCUGAAGCUGCAUAGGGUCCUGAGCCAGUACCUUCUUCAGAGCAGCUAAAUGUGUUGACUUACGAACUGUUUCCGGGUAGAGUUGGAGACAAUAAACAUUUGUAAGAAUGUUGUAGUUGGCACCUACUGGUGUUUUGUGCUUGUGGUAAUUCUAGCAGCCCCCAAACACUUUUAUCAACCUGUUUUUUUCUUCUCUUUUCUCUUUUCAUUUUAUUUUUCUGAUACAGGAUCUCGUGUAGUCCGGACUGACUUUGAACUCACUGUAUAGCUGAGAAUGACCUAGAAUUUUGAUCCUCCUGCCUCCACUUCUUGAGUGCUAGGGUAACAGACAUGAGCAACCAUGGUUGGUUUGUGCUGUGCUGAGGCUCAAGCCCAGGGCUUGUUCAAUGGUAGGCAAGCACCUUAUAGUUCCAUCCCAAGUCCUCUUUCCACAUUCUAGCCCAGGCUAACAUCAGAUCUGCAGUGGUCUGCUUCAGCACCCUGACUGUGGGAAUUACUGGCAUGGGUCACUGUGCCUAGUCCUGCUUACUUUUCCUUUCCCCUCUCUUCUCCCUGGCUUUCCUUCCUCCCUUUCCUCCUUUUCCUCUGUCAGAGGCAUCACAGUGGCACUCAGGGUUUAAAAGUAACUCUCCUUUACCACAAUUUCACGUAGUCAAAGAUAGUUAGAAAUCCUCUUAAAUCCCAAAGUUGUAUAAACUCCUGUGAGCAUGCACAUUGUGUUUCCUGUGCUAAGAGGGUCUAUCGUUAGAAAAAAAUAUAGAAAGAUAUUAACAGUUUACUCAAAAGAUAUGACAGGUAGAAUCUUAAUGGGUUUGGUGGUACCAGCUUUCUUGAUGGUAUAAAGUACAGAAUGGGGUAUAUCUGCAUGUUUGUUUUUGACUUUGUUUAUAUAAAGCAGAUAUUCUGUGCACUUUGUAUUUGUGAACAAUAAACUGGAAUGGGAAGGAAAUGGCUUUGUAAAAAGGGUUUCUUGGUUUCAAAAUUAUUGCUGGGGGUGAUGAAUGAAUAUAUAUUGUACUUGCAUUGUGUUUAUCUCCUGUUUUAUCUGUAUUUGGAUAUAAAAUUAUUGAGAAAA